AUGGAUCCCUUCCGCAAUCCACCAGCCGACAGCCUGGAAGCGGCGCGUCUCCAUGUCCAAGCAUUGACCGAAUGUGGGCUAUCACGAGAAGCGCUGCUGCGCGCGUUGUUGGAGAAUUAUGGCGAUGCGACGACACCAAUAACCGCAACACCACAGGGGAUGGACACGGCGGGCUUCCCGCAGCAGGCUGCGCAACCGUUACAGCACACCUUCCCGACCAAGAUGGGCCAUCCGAGCCCGCACAUGCGGCUUUCUGUCUCGACGACCAGCUCCAAGUCAUCCGGCCGGGCCAGUAUCAUGUCGACGGCGACCUCGAUGAGCUCUGUGUCAUCUCAGGGGGGAGGAGUCGGGACGGGCUUUCAGGAUGUUGUCGCACCGGCCAAACCUGCGCCGCCUGCGCCGCCCAAAAGCAACAGUCGAGGUAGCUCCAAACCACAGGGCGCUUACUGGUGCACCUUUUGCGACGUUGCCUUUCAGCGCAAAUUCGAUUGGAAACGGCACGAGGACGAGUUUCACGAGCGGUACAAGCGCUACCCCUGCCCGAACUGCAACCGGAUAUUUUGGGGUGCGAAUACCUUCAACCAACACCACAAGAAUGCCCACGGCUGUACCACCUGCCCGCACGCCGAUCGCGUGGUGAAGUACACACAAAAGAAGACGGCAUGGGCCUGUGGGUUUUGCGGCGGAUUCCUAGCCAGUCGUGACCGCUAUUUCGACCACAUUGCCCGGCAUUACGAAGACGGUUGCAACAAGUCACACUGGAACCACUCACUCGUCAUCUACGGGCUCUUGCAUCAGCCCACGAUUAGCCAAGCAUGGAAGGACCUCGAUUCGGAGCUUUACGGCAACCUCCCCCGGAACCAACAGCCCAUGUUAGAAUGGGACCCCAAAUCUACGGGGCACGCACAGGGCUUCUUGGAGGGUGACUGUCCGGGGAAACUGCAGGAUCUCCUUGAAUUUUUUUGCGAAGGCCGAGACGACCCGAAGCUCCUGGCCCGACUGGCCCACGAGGCGGCCACGAUCCGUCUCCGGAGUGAGAUUCAGCCCAGCGUCGCACCCGUACCACCGUCCACAGAUCCGAAUGCACGACCGAUCUCCGAGCCGCCGAAGCACAAGAUGGCAAUGAAGUCAUCUCCCCUCACGAAACACAUGUCUACGCCCGAGCAUACGCCGCCUGCGCAGUCAUCAUUACAUCCGUACGAUCAGGAACCGCGGCCGAAGAAGCAGCGCAGCAUCGCGUCCAUUGCUUCCGCCUACGUGAAAAACAACCCCUUUUUCCCUAGCCCCCAACAAACACCGCCCCAACAACAACAACAACAACAAACAGUGCCUCCCCAGCAGCCGCCACCACAACAAAUGAUGCCUCAAUCGCCUCAGGAUGCCAUCUCUCCUUUCUCCCAACACCCAAUGAUGGCGCCGGCACCCGGCCCCUUCUACGAUCUCAACGUGACCCAUGUCCACCCGCAUAUGCAACUACUUUCACAGAUGAGCCCGCAACAGCAACAGCAAAUACAGCAGCAACACGAACAGCAGCAGCAACACCAACAUUUGUUACAACAGCAGCAACAGCAACAGCACGCGCCCCAACCCCACCUCCUCGCACCGAUGAACGUCUACGACGACUGGAGCAGCAUGGCCGGGACAGUGGUGGACGAAUCGGUAUUUGCGAACGCAAUGGCUAUGGGCUGGCAGCAGCAUGUUCCGCCGCAUCAACACCACCAGCAGUAG